AUGGGGACGGGACGGACGUGCGAAGUCUGCUCUGAGCUUGCCUCCCUCCUCUCGUCGUACGAUGGGAAGCGGACCACCCUCACUUCCUUCGAGGACAUCACCAUUUCCCGUGAAGAAGUGGAGACCAUCAUCCUCUACCUGUCGUCCUGGUCACAACGCCAAUGCUCCUGCUGCUUCCGGUCGGAUCACAAACACUUCGAGCGAUUCAACUGGGCCCUCCAACUCUUAAUUUUGAUCGUGGUCGAAAUCGUGCAGAGAUUUGGAACCAGUCCCCCCUCCAGUCAAGAAUCCUCCUCCUCUACAUCAUCCCGACCAUUGUGGGAUUGCGAGGACAAGGACAAAUUGGUCUACUUCGUGGCGAAAUUAUUCACAAAUUCCUUCCCGACCUAUAUCGGAUACAAAACGCAUUCCGGGGCAGGCAUCAAACUCUCCGACUCUGAACUCUCGGCGGCCGAGUUGCAUAAUUUGUCGCAAUAUUGCGAAAUCAACGAGCCUGAGGCGUCUCCUUAUCUGUUCCGAAAUGUUGGCCUGUUCUGCCGCGCGGGGGGCAUGGAGGCGUUGACGGUCUGUCUGCAGAACAACACGCCAGACUCGCUCGCCCUCCACAGGAUGAACAUGCUCGUCGCGUUGGCCUCAAAUGUCAAAUCCUGGCUCAACUUCAACGCCCUGCUCAAACUCUAUGUCCCCUUCAGGGCCGCGGCACUCGGAUAUAUGUGCUCCUUGGUCGAGACGGAGUUGAAGACGGGGUCGGCGAGAAAUAUGGCGGAAUGCAUCUGGUCCUCGGUCAAAGACCCCGUCGACGUGCACCUCUCCUUCGACAAGGACGGUCUCGACCUCGCCUUCCGCUACUUCCUCUGCCCCACGCUCACCAUGCGCCUCGCCGGCGUGAACCAGCUCAACAACUACAUCAACCUCUUCAACGAGCUGCUCAACUCGGAGCACAUGCGGGACCCGGACCGUCUCUACGACUCCCUCUGCGCCUGGCUCCUCACGAAGCAAGUCGUCGAGCACAUCUUCGGCCCCAACUUGCACGUCGAGGUGAUCAAGCAGAGCCACACGAUCUUGUCCUUCCUCGCCAUGGAGAACAGACUGACGGAGGAGCACGUGGAAAUAAUCUGGACCGCGGCGCAGCUCAAACACUGCUCCAAACCGGUCUUUGACGUCCUGUCGUCCCUCAUUCCGCACAUGGAACCCGGCCCAGUGCUGCAUUUGCACCACUUGUUGCAGAAAUUGGAGCCGAAAGAUCACUCGGAGCAGAGUCUCUACCUGGCCUCCGCCCUCAUCAAAUUUAUCUGGACGAACGCCACCUCCGCGAUGGAGGAGGCCAACGCUUUGACGACAUCCCUCCCCCUCGGGAGUGGGGACAGCGUCGUCUCCGUCCCGACCUCGUCAUCCUCCCCGUCGAACAACAAUUUACAGUUUCACCACGCCCGGGCCGACCGGCGCCAUCAUCACCACCACCACCAGAGAGGGAGGCGGCGACCGAUCGUCGCGGAUGUGUCGUCGAGCGAGAAUUCCGUCAGUGUGGACGGCUCGGAGGAGGAAGAUGAGGAAAAUCACCACCACCACCAUCGAAGACAUCACCACCGCGUGCAGGCGCAGCGGCUGUUGCGUCCCUUGUCACAGCUGAAACAGAUGGAAACCGACGACGAGGAGGAGGAACCGCUCUCGCCAACGUCGUCCUUCCUCAAACCGACGUGCCACCUGUCCGGCUCGUCCUCGUCGGAUGAGUCGCUAUCCGACGAGGAGGACGAGGAUGAGGACGACGACGGGAUUCGGAGUGAGAAGGGGGGUUGUUCCUCCGGCGGGGGUGGGGGUGGUGGAUCCACGCCCUACGUGGAAACACACUCCGACUCGGAUGCUGACGAGGAUGAGCCGGAGAACGAGGUUCUGGGGGGUAAGAUCAUCAUAAAGAAGCGAAAGGUGCUGAGGAGGAAGGCCAACACGCCGGUGAAGAAUGUCGCCCCCACCAAGGGGAGGGUGAUCAUGACGCCGUCGUCGACGCCACGAGUGACGAAAAUGGUGCAGAGUAACAAAUCUGUGAGCAAUACGUCUAGUCAGGGUCAAGGUGACCAGAAACUCCAACAAGUCCCCGAUCCGUCGCCCUCGACCUCAACCGACGCUGUCGUGCCAACCUCUAAGACGCCCAUGACGAUCUAUUACCCCUUGUCGGGGACGACAUGUGAAGUGUCCGACGGCUCGUACUCCUCCCGGAUAUCGACCAAAUCGGACAAAAAUAUGGCCGAUUUCGACGCCACCCGUGGUCAGAAUCUGAACCUCACGCCGCAACAACUCCAACCCCAAUACGUCCAACAGCAACUCCUCGAUCCCAACAUUGUCCUCACCGUGGGCGGAGUGCAGAUUGGGGGGAGUAACAAUGGCAGAAAUAAGACUCAACUCGGUCCUGGAAGUGGGGGAGGUGGGGGGUCGACGACGUUACUCCUCCCACCUCGCGCCAUGCGGAUGUUCUUCCGGAGAAAGAGAUUUGGAUCCAUGGCGACGUUUAAUUUCAAAAUUGACGACGUCAUCGAACCAGGCGUCACACUUUUGUGGGAUUUGAUCCAGGAUGAUAAAAUUGUCCAACUGUCCGACGGGUUGGCCAUCGAGGCGCAAAAGGCGCUCACCAAUCUCCUCUGUUUCGGUGCGGACAAGGCCAUCCGCCUGAAAUUUAUUGAAGGCUGCAUCCGCAACGUCGGUCGCUGA